UUCAUAUUUCAUGCCAAUCUGUCCCAACGAACAGAUUAUAAAUACUCCACCAAUAUAGUGUCUUCAAUCAUUAAAACUUAAGUUGCUUAUUCCACUCUCCAAAGCUGUGCUGUUAUCUUGCCUAUUUUGUUUUUGCUCUUAUCCUUCUUUAUUCUUGCAUACUAUACAUUGUAUAUAUCCACCAAUAUUAUCAACAUUUCUUCCUGAUCAAAGUGAAAAUGAGCACAAAGGGCAGCAAAGAAAGCAGAAUCAAGAAGUGCAUAAAAGCACCAAUCAGAGUUUUAAUUAAAGCAAGGGAUUAUUACGUCCAUAGCCUGAUGGAAUGUUCUGGAAGAAUUGGUUAUGGCAGUGUCAUGGGAGUUCCACAAAUCUCUGCUCUGCCUAGAAGUUUCAGUGUUAAUUCGACUGUGUCAAGUAGCCGUGAUGAAGAUUUGAGGGAACUGAUGCGAAUUGCUUCCAAAAAGAGUCUUUUAAACAGGCAAAAAUCACUUGCUAAAAAUGCAGUGAAUAUUAAUGUGGUGCCUCGGAGUCGAUCUGUUGUAAUUGGAAGAAUUGAUGAAGAUAAGCCUUGUGAUUUCGAUGAGGAUGUAAUGGUGAAUACAGAUGUAUUUUCAAGAAGUAGAAGCUAUGCUGUUUCUUCUAGAAGAACAGGGAUGUUCUGAAACAGAGUAAAAUAUUUGGAAGAAGGAAACAAGGCUAGCUGUUGCAAAAUUAUCUGCUUUAACUGUUUCUUGGUUUGUUUUUGUUAUGGUUUCUUUGUCCCUGUUGUCAUAUACUUUUGCAUAUGCAUGUUCACUUUUGCUAUCAAUUCUCUAUGUAAUGAACUCAACAUCUUGCUUUCUCA